AGCGCGGACGCCGCCGAAACUAUUCUACGUGAUGGAGAGCUCGCCGUGUCGCGGCGUGUUGCUGGCCGCCAGUCUUAUCGGAGUGAGGUUGGAGCUGGAGUGGGUCGACCUCCGCAGCGAGGAGGACAAGCGACAAAAACUGGAGGUUAAGAACCCUGCGAAACAGGUGCCUACCCUGGACGACAACGGCUACUACCUCGGCGAGAGCCGGGCCAUCAUCAUGUACCUGGCCAACGAGUACAUGGGCUCGGACGACUCGCUGUACCCUAGGGACGCCAAGAAACGCGGGCUCGUCGACCGGAUGCUCUUCUUCGACAUGGGCACGCUCUUCAAGAGUUUCGCCGACUACUACCUCCCGUUCAUGUUCGCAGGUGUCAUUCCAACCCAAAGACGGCUGGACGAUGUCAAAAAGGCCUUCGCGGUUUUCGACAGGAUGUUGGCGGGUAGCGACUACGCUGCUGGUGACGCGAUUACUAUAGCUGAUGCUGCUCUGGCGGCGACGGUGUCGACAAUCGAAGUGGUUGAAGUGCUCAAUAUCGAAAAUUAUCCGAACGUGUGGGCAUGGUAUGGUCGUUGUAAGGAGAAUCUGCCAGAUUACGAACAGGCCAAUCCUGCCGUGGAGUUCGAGAAAUUCGCUAUUGCUGUCAUUACCGAUCGUAAGAAAAGAGCGGAAUCGCAGGGACAAUGAGAGUCAUAGUCUCAUAUCAUUUCGAUUCUUUAAGUACCUGUUUCAGAAAAAAAAAAAAGUUCUAAUUGAAUUGGUAUUCACUUUGUCUGUAAUCGCAUACACCUUUUUUCAGGAACAACUGCUGUUUUAAAUGUUCAAAUAUGGGCUCAUAAGUUAUUUUUAAGAUUUCACAGAAAAAAUUGAUGAGAAGAAAAGGCUCUGGUGGUAUGUCUAUAAUCGCAUCCAUAUUUUUCAGGAGCAAUUACUGUUUUAAAUGUUCAAAUAUGGACUCAUAAAUUAUUUUUAAGAUUUUAAAGAAAGAAUGGACGAAGGAAAAGGGCUCAAAUGGAGGAAAGACUAUCAGUGGCUUGCAUAAAAACUUGAAUCAGAGGGGAGCUAAGGAUAUUAAUGUUCCGAUGAAAAUUCCAAUGAUAUCGCUAUUGAAAAAAAAAAGUUGCUUGUAUCCAGAAUUGGAUUCAUUUUUUCAGGUUUUUCAAGCCUGCAAUUGCAUUUAUUGCGUCGCCGUUACCAUGCAAAUGCAAUUUUUGAGCAUAUUUCUGGUAUAUAUUAUUGUAUAGGCUUAAGUGGCAUUAGCAUUGACUUUGUUCCGUACAUUUUCUACCUUGUCAUCAAUUUUAGGUCGAGAUAUCUUUAAUGUCACAUUAUUUGUGGUAUUUAUCAUUUCAGUUUCUGUUAUAAAACUACGUGUGUUUCUGCAAGUCAAUUGUAUUGUUUCUUACGGUACACGGAAAAAAAGAGCUUAGGGUUGGGACCUACAUGUUAGUGCUGGGCACUAACGAGGGUUAGAUCAAAUGGAGCCAGCAAGUCAGAGGAGUGCUGGGCACUAAACAGCUCGAGGCUGGGUCACUAAGGAAGAAGUAGUGUCAAGCCCUAAAGUGACUUUGGAGCGAGCGUAAAAUAUGAAAUGCCUCGGCCUGGGAUCGAACUUGGGUUGCUCCGAUGGAAGACCAGCGCGUUACCACCAGGCUAUCGAGGCUCGGACGUCUCAAGGGUGAAUUUACACCUGUUAAGCGCAACUACGUCUCUCGGCAUCUGAUUAGCACUACUCAUGUU